AUCGUUUUUCAAGAUGGCAGCCUCCGUGUGAAAGAAGUGCUUUUGUUUUUGUUGUGACUCUGGCAAAUUGAGGCUUUGGUUGAGUGGUUGGAAGCUGAAUUGCAUACAGUCUUUGAAACGAAAUCUCCUCACAAUCAUAGUUUGUUUCAGGAACGGAAAGCAGUGUAUUGUGUUAUUAAGGCAGGAUAUUAUAGAAUUGAAUCUUGAUUAGCAAUGUCUUUGGCGGAUGAAUUAUUAGCUGACUUGGAGGAGAUCGCGGAGGAAGGAGAAGAACCUGAGAUAAGUAAUGAGCAGGAUGAUGGGAUUGAUGACAUACAGGAUGUUCCCAUGGAGAUGGACACCAACAGUGCAGAGUCCAUAAAGAAUAUUGCAAAACUACGUGAUGGUCAGCAAUUAAAAAAGAUUAUGGCCCAAAUUGAAUAUUAUGAAAAGAAAAAGACCAAAUCAGGUGCAGCUGGACCUGUUGAGGCUGACCCUGAAUAUCAGUUGAUUGUAGAAGCCAAUAACCUCACUGUAGAAAUUGACCAUGAAAUUGAUGUUAUCCACAAAUUCUGUCGUGAUCAUUAUAUGAAGAGAUUUCCAGAGUUAGAAUCAUUGGUACCCGGAGCUUCCGAUUAUAUGAAUACAGUUAAGGAACUUGGUAACAAAUUAGAGAAAGCAAAGACAAAUGAGAAACUACAGGAAAUUUUGACACCAGCCGUUAUCAUGAUAGUAAGUGUAUCUGCAUCAACGACACAAGGACAGUUAAUGGAGGAAGACGAAUUGAAUCGUGUCUACGAAGCAUGUGAUAUGGCUAUGGAUCUAAAUGAAGCUAAACUAAAGGUAUUAGCAUAUGUAGAAUCCAGAAUGUCGUUUAUUGCUCCUAAUUUAUCGAUCAUAGUAGGUGCUUCCACGGCAGCCAAAUUAAUGGGUGCUGCUGGUGGUCUUAGUCAUUUAUCACGAAUGCCGUCAUGUAAUAUAUUAGUAUUAGGAACACAGAAGAAAACUAUGAUGGGUUUUUCCAGUACUGUCACCAACCCACACACUGGGUAUAUUUAUUAUUGUGAUCUAGUACAGGCCACUCCAUCGGAUCUUCGAAAAAAAGCAGCUAGGCUUGUUGCUGCCAAGUGUACACUAGCAGCCCGCGUUGACAGCUUUCAGGAUACCUCUCUCGGUGAAGCUGGACAAACACUAAGAGAAGAAAUUGAAAGAAAGUUAGAUAAAUUACAGGAGCCUCCUCCGGUUAAACAAGCUAAGCCACUUCCUGCUCCAAUUGAUCCUGUCAGAAAGAAGAGAGGGGGCAGAAGAUUAAGGAAAAUGAAAGAGAAAUAUGGUAUGACAGAAAUGAGAAAGGCAGCAAAUAGAAUGACAUUUGGUGCAAUUGAGGAAGAUGCGUAUCAGGACGCUAUGGGGUAUUCUAGCGGCAUGAUCGGUAAAUCGGGCACGGGGAGAAUACGUGGUCCUCAAGUAGACACUAAAACACAAGUCAAGCUAUCCAAAAGUUUACAGAGAACAUUACAAAAACAACAGACAUAUGGUGGUAAAUCAACAGUAAGAGGACGAGAGACGUCGGGUACAGCAUCUAGCGUGGCAUUUACACCAUUACAGGUAGAUUUAUUAGAUGAGGUUUGUAAGUGA